CAAGAGGUCAAAGCCCAGAGUGAGGAGGUGGAUCUGGGCUUGGGGGAAAGACAUGUGUCUUCAUGAUGGGAGCUGCCCAGACAUGGUGGCAUGGGCCUUCGAGGGGUUGGUCUGAACUGGGCCACCGGCCUAAGAGAUGGACGGUAUCCAAUUCCCCUCCAACUGCCUAUAUCCAGCCAGGGAGGUCCAGCUGGUACUCCAGGGGUGGGGGGUGGGGCGUCCUAGAACUGAUCCUCUUUUCUUUCCAAAGGGUUGAAGCAGCGCCUGGACCCCAUGCCCUGCCUCUGGAUCUUCCCCAGGGAUCAGACAAUCAGACCCAGGCUGAGCCCAAGAAAAACAGACUAAACUCACUCCCUGCUCAUAGAUCUCAGGCCCCGCCCCCAGGCCUCAAAGCGGGCUUCUUCAGGCUCCUUGACAUCAGGGUAACAGCCCCCGAGGAACCUACUAGUCUCAGGCCCCGCCUCCUCAGUCCCUUCCCCUUAGAAAGAUUUGCCUCAGCCCCCCUCGCCCCACCAAGCAAUUCCUAAACUUCAGGCCCCGCCUCCUUAGGAUUUUUCCGUAGACGUCAGGCUGGGCCCCUGGGAAAUAGACUUGUCUCAGGCCCCGCCUCCUCGGGCCCUGACCAACGACAUCAGGCCCCACCCCGGAGAAAGUGACUCGCAUAUGAAGCGCCUCUUAUGUGCCAGGCAUUCUGCGAAGCGCUCGAGAAGCAAAAAGAGGCAAAAGACAGGCUCUGUUCUCAUGGAAUUAACAAUCUAAUGGCAAGGCUAACAUGCAAACGAAUGUAUACACAGCAAGCGGUAGACGAAAUAGCUAACAGGGGGAAGACGCGGGAAUUAAGAGGGCUGGGGAAGGUUCCGCCCCUGUGGAAGUCACAAGCCCGGCCUGCCCGUAGAUAUCUUCAGGUUCUGUCCUCAGGAAACCGACAAUUAGGCCCCGCCCCGAGGAUAUUAGGUUUCGCCCUGAGGUCACCCCCCAACCCCUCACCGUCGCUAUGGAAACAACACGGGCUUUUCCCAAAGCACCACCUGCAGGCCGCCAACGGCUGGCUGCUUCGCUCCGAGGAUCGCGAAGAAAGGGAGGAGGGGAGUUGAAGUAGUUCAGUGAGAGACUACAAUUCCCAGGAAGCCACGCUUUCACCUUGGUCGGACGGCGACUGCUUCUGUCCAGUAGCCGAAAGAACUCAGCGCGUGCGCUUGGAGGUCGACCUCUCCCUCCGCGGGAAUCUUCAGGAGCAUGUACGGAAGGGGCGGGACGCCGAGGGUGCGCAGGGCAUUGUGGUCCUGUCUCCCAGGCCGCUGCUCCGGGUUUCGCUCGACGCAGCCGUCUCUCGGAGGAGGGGGCAGGGGCGGAGGCGGAGGCCGAGGCCGCUCUCGUCUCCAUGGUAACACGAUAGGCCGAGUGGGGUGGGUGGCCAUGAUGAUGGGGAGGAGGGAACCAGCGGCCUUGGUCACCAUGGUGACGGGGGUGAUAAGCUGGAGCGGCGGCAGUCUCCAUGGUGACGGGCGGGGUGGGUGGGGCAGGGGCGGUGCAGCCUAGACAAGUUCCCGGCCCCAACCAUGGCCUAUGACCCUUUACUUUGAUCUGCCAGGCCUCUGUCCCAUUCCCAGCCCCGCUAGGUCUGACCUCAUCCUUAACCUUCCUGGGGGCUAGUUCCAUGUCCAGCUCACACUGCCCUUGACCCCUCCUGCUCCUCUCUCGGUCCCUAUCCUCCUCCCUUAGUCCUAUCCCUGUCCUCCUUCCUUCUGGUCCUCCAGCAUCCCCAGGGCGGGGGUAGAGGAGAAAAGGUGCCAAGGUGAAAUCGACAGACCUAGGAUGGGGGGGGGGGGCUGAGAGUGGGAGGCCAGUGAUCCGGGGUUGUGAGCCUGAGGGCUGGGAGGAUGGGGAUAUCCAGUAAUGGGGAAGGUGGAGGGGGGAGGAAGAAAGCUGUUGUUUAGGGAGAGAGCGGUGUCCUUAGAACGUAGAGAGGAGAGCAGUAAUGGGGAGUGGUUGGCAGUGUCAGAGGCUGCUGAGCUGGAGGAGGAGGAGAAAAAGAUUGAGAAAAGCCACUCAGAGCCCCGGGUGGGUGACUGUGGAGAUGGCCUUCUCCAGUUUAGACAAGGGGCAGAAAAGAAGUGAGAUCAUAGUGGGGAUGGGUGGAGGAAGUGAGGCAUUUGGAGAGUGGGGGACCCACCACUGGCCUUUUUUAGGUUCUAGUAGAGGGAGAGAUGAAAAAUAAGCAAGGGGCACAGAAGGCACCUGGCUGGAAGGAGAUGAGGAAAAGGGGAGAAGAGGGGGCUCACGAGUGCCUCCAUUUUUUCAGUAAAAUAGAAGGCUAGGUCUCAGCUAAGAAGACCUGAGUAUAGGGAUUACUAUGCCCAUUUUUUGAGAUGAGGAAACUGAGGCUUGCAGAAGAUAGGCGACUUGAAGUCUCCCAUCUAGUGAAAUCAGAAGUGGGGUUGGGAGUCUGGGCUCUCUGCUGCCCCUUUGCUGCCUUCUCUGUUCCUUGUCUCUGGGCACCUCCCUCUUCCAAGCCCCGUCGACUGCCCCUGCAUAUAGUCAGUCCUUAGGAAGAAGAUUUGGGUGUCCCCUAGGAAGUCUGGAGUGAGGGUGAGAAGAGCCUCAUGGCACUGUCCAUCCAUCCAUCCAUCCAUCCAUCCAUCCAUCCAUCCAUCCAUCCAUCUGUCUGUCCAUCCACCCUGCAGCUGGAGCAAGAAGCCCUGAAAGGUCCUGCUGCCAUGGGCGAGCUGGGCCUGGGCCUGGAGUUCCACACGUGGCACCACUUCAGCAGCUUCUUUGAUGACUGGUGUGAGCGGCAUAAAGUGCUCUUCAUCAUUGCCAGCCUCAAGCCCCUGAUCUCCCUGCGCCAGCCGCCACUGCCCUACCUGCCCAGCCUGGCCUCGACCCUACGUUUCCGCUUCGUUCGCCUCAUCUGCAAGCACAGCGGUACCUACGUGGGGCAGAGCGUGGUGCAGCGAGACCAGCAAAGCCAGAAGAUCGACUGCCCGGCUCUCAUCACCCUCCGCCUGGGCCCCAAGAAGGAUCGGCUGGUGGUGACAGAGGCCAAGCUGCAGCACAACCAUCAGCUGUCACCCCGGGAGUUCUCCAGAUGCUUCAAGCGGAGCCAGCUGGAGGCCAGCCUGGGCCUGCCCAUCCGCAUCACCAACAGUGUCUCCAAGCGCUUCUUGGCCCCCGACCUGGUCUGGAAUCUGGAGGACUACAGCCGGGCCAAGGACAAGGGCAUGUGCAAGCUGCUCGGGGAGAUGCACACACUCUUCCGGGCCGACCCCGGGGCCAAGGUCAAGCUGGUCUUCCAAGAAGAUGUGGCCAUCCUCAACUCCAUCUUUUUGGCCACGUCACACAUGCGCCAGCUGGCACGCUCCUUCCCCCGCCUCCUCUUCUUGGACCAGGCAGCCAGCCUUCCUGGAGACUUUGAGCUCUACUCUGUCCUUUGCCAGGAUGCCAAUGGGCGAGGCCGCGAGGUGGCCUACUGCCUUGCCCGCAGGGGCACGCCUGACCUGCUGGUCUUCAUUGUGGCCUCCUUGGUGCAGAGCGUCCCUGAGAUCAAGGCCCUGGUGGAGUGUCUUACCAUUGGUGUGUCCUGCCUUGCAGGUGUAGACACUGUGGAGGAAGUCUUGCCCUGUGCCCGAGUACAGGUGUGCCGUGCCCAGGUCCUGGAGGCCUUGGGACGCAGGGCCCGGGAGUUGGCUGUGCCCGGGGAACGGCAUAUAGUUAAUCUCUUGCACAAUCUGGCACAUGCAGCCUCCCCUAAGGUCUACAGCCAGUAUCUGAGUGACCUCGAAGACGUUGCCCCCCUGGAGUUCCUCCGUCACUUUCUGGAGACCUGGCAUCCACACAAAGGCACAUGGGUUGCCUGCUGGGCAUACCAUCGUGGGGAGAACUGCCCCUUUGUGGACCACCUUGAGGCUCAUAGGCAGAAGCUGUUAUCUGCCCUGGGCCGAGACUCGUCUCUGGCAGCCUCUGUUCGAGGCCUGCUGGACCUUGAGAGCUUGCCUGUGGAAUUGCAGGGGCUGCAGGCAGAAGAGGUGGCCGAGCGCUACCGGGCAGUGGGACCUGGGGAGGCAGCAGCCCUGGUGGCUGAGGAGCUGGCGUUGGCGCGCCAUGGUGUGGGCAUCCAGCCGGCAGAAGGUGGGGGCUUUGUGUUGGAGGGGGCAGGCCGGGGAGCUGCCUUCACCGUGGGGGCAGACCUGGCCUCCUGUAGCUGCUCUAUUUUCAUGGCUGGCCACCGGCCCUGCCGCCAUAUCUUUGCUGCCCGCCUCUGGGCAGGGAAGGCCCUCUUCGAUGUCAGUCUCCUGCCCCCUGCAGGUGGUGAUGAUGGGUAAGGUUCUGGUAGGGCCUCUUCUUGCUAACUCCCACACUAGAAAGGGCAGAAGGGAAAGUCAUAGGUCUGCCUUCUUCCUCCUCUUAUUCCCCUGCUGCUCAGACCUGGCUGGACUGGUCUGGGAAGGAGGGGAGCCCAUCAGGGUAGCAGGGUGGGUGUCUGCUGCUGGGGACCAGGAAAGGGAAGGGACGGUUUUGUAUGUUUUCUGGUGAGAAUAAAACAAAUUCUGUGGGGUGUUCUACCUCCCA